AAUUAGGACCCGACCCUAACCCGCGCUGAACCUGUAUCAUCCUGCCCGACCCGCGGUUCCAAUAACCGUUUGCCCACCCUAUUUCAUACCACCAUAGCACUAAUCCUCCCCUGGUUGCGAAGGUCUGCACGUACACUACGUACGUAUCAUAGAUGCUCUUAUCAAUUCCAAUUUCCAUCAAAGUAUAAAUCUGCUAUUUAUAUCUCCCUAGUGCGGUGCUUUUUUGAGUUUGAUUGUCUAUUUAGCUUGAAAUUGAGGUAUGGUGGAGCUAGGGUUUAGAAUUUUUCAAUCCCUAACUUGGCCUGUUUUUUAAGAAUCCAAAUUAAGGGGUUUUGUGUCAUAUUUGGAUAUUUUAGAUCAUUCUUUGUAGGAGAGUAUGCGUAAUGAGGUCAUCAAGUAAAUUUACUAGUGGUACACUAUAAAUGAUAUGAAAGAAUUUGGUUAGCUGCCUUACGUUUGAUCUCUUAAGAGAUGUCGUAUUGCAUUAAAUAGAAAUGAUCUUUGUCUUUCCAACAUACAUGUAUGAAUGUAUGAUUCUGGACUACACAUUUGAAUUUAGUUUGUUCCAGAGUUUUGCUUGGUAUAUUUUCUUUGAGCUCAUGAGAGGACCUGAUGCAGCUAUAUCAUUAUUCUAUACUUGCAUAGGUGAUUUCUUAAAGCACAAAUCACAAGAAUCGGGCAGAGUGGACUCGAGUGAUAUUUACUUCGAAGGUCCUUUUCUUAUACCCAAUUGUUUCGGCUAUUACACAAACUAGAGAAAGAGACGACACAUGAAAAAAUGAAACUUUUUGACGCACAUUGUCAUCUCCAAGAUCCAAAGAUCCUUCACAUGCUUCCACAAAUAAUUAGGAGCGCCCUUGACAGAGGAGUGGUUCAUUUUGCAGUUAAUGGUGUGUCGGAGAAGGAUUGGCAAACCGUCAAGAAGAUGAGCAUAGAAUACCCCAGUGUGGUUCCAAAUUUUGGGCUCCACCCUUGGUUCAUCACCGAUAGGAGUCCUCAUUGGCUAGGUACACUAAAGGAUCACUUAGAGGGGACACCCGAAGCUGCAGUUGGUGAGAUUGGUUUGGACAAAGGAUCGUUCGGUAAGAAAAUUGAUUUUUCCGAUCAGGUCGAAGUCUUCCGCCAGCAACUCCAUCUUGCAAAAGACCUCAAAAGACCUGUUUCCAUACAUUGUGUUCGUGCUUAUGGGGAUCUUCUCGAUAUCCUUAAAUCUGUAGGUCCCUUCCCUUGUGGAAUCGUUCUUCAUUCUUUCCUCGGUUCUGCCGAAAUGGUCCCUGAAUUUGCAAAGCUAGGUGCUUACUUUUCGUUCUCUGGGUUUUUGAUGUCAUUGAAAGAGAACAAGGCAAAGAAGAUGAUAAGAUCAGUUCCUAUGGAUAGGAUUUUGUUGGAGACCGAUGCACCCGAUGGGUAUCCCAAAAUGGGCAAUCCAGAAGAUGCUUUGGUUUUAGUAGGAGAAGGCAAAGAAAGGCUAAACCACCCGGGUAAUAUUAGUGUCAUACUUGACUAUGUGGCGGCUUUGCUUGAUAUGAGUAGUGAUCAACUUGCAGAAGCAAGCUUUUCAAAUGCACUGAAGCUGUUUUCAUUUGAAGGCUCAAAACUGAUGCAGUAAGGUUGUACUUCUGAUUUAGUUAAUCUUCAAUUUGUAUACAAACUAUUUGUAACACUCUAGGUUCUUUGUGUUGAAUAAAAAAUGCUAGUUUGAAAUGAUGAUCAUAUAUACAGUGUGGAUAACAUGAUGAGUGCAGAGAAUACAAGGGAAAGAAAUCAUGAUUUGUGGUGCUGCGAGCCUGCGACCAUGUUGAACUUAAUAUUGAAAUAGAUUCUCACUCAA